AUGAUAUUUCUCAUCCUCUUUGUCUUCAUAGGCAUCAAGCUCGUGUCUUGUUGCCGAAAAUGCAGCAAGGACCUGGAAGAACAACACGAAGAACUGACCUUUGCCAAGGUCACGUCCAAAAACUGGUUCAAGGUUCUUGUAUUCCUGCGCAUGGUCCUGUUUGUCGUCUGCUGUGUACUCGGGUACUAUUUUAGCUACGGUUUUGGUAACGGGGAUAAAUGGGCUGACGAAGCAGUAGACAGUUGGGAAGUACAUUUUAACGGAUUUCAACAGCACGAUAUCAACAUCACAUUGCCAAUGGAAUGUCAUGCGGAAUUUGAGGCAACAAUAACAGAAAAUCUUGCAUACGUUGAGAAUUACUCAUUAGGAAUCCAGGACGAAUGUUUGGGAAAUUUAUCCUUGGACACAGACGGAAUAGCCAGACUUACAAAGUUACCAGGGUUUUCUAUCAAAUCUUUCACAAAGAAGCGAGAUAAAUUUUCCAAGUACCCGAUUUUGGUCACUGCGGUAACAGACCAUUCCUUUCCGGAUGUUAUGGGCUUAAUUGAAAACAUCAAAACAGUUCUUCAUAAAGCGUUUCCAAAAAUGGAAGCAGUCUUUUUCGAUUUCGGAUUAUCAGUGGAACAUCACAAAACCAUUGUCAGUAAUUGUAGUUUUUGUGAUGUUCAAACCUACCCGGCGAAACAACUUCAAGCAUGUGAAACCGGUACCAAUGACGCCAACAUCACUUCAGCAGAUCCACAAGGGAAAAGAAAAUAUGAAAGUAUAUACAAACCUGCGCUGAUUCAGUUUGUCCUUCAAACUCACGACUUUGUACUGUGGAUAAAUGAAUCAAUCCGCUUCAAUUCCUCAGCCACAUUCAAGAAAAUUGUGAAAGGAAUUAAAGGUAAAUCUAUCCAGUUACCCAUGAGCGAGGAGACAAUUGAAGAACGAGGUGUCAAUGAAAACAUAUUUGCUUUAUUUGAUGAAGAGCCUUGUUUGUACCAGAAUCAGAAGGUCCUAGACACCAGGCUUAUGUUGAUUCGACGAAAUAACUUCACACUUCAUGCAGUUAUGAGACCAUGGGUGGCAUCUGCGUUCUUGUACAGAUCUCUUCCAGCAGCUGAACAGAUGAGAAUGUUGGACGAGACAGCUGAGGAUGACAAGGUAGAUAGUUCUCUCCUGAGUAUCAUCCUUACUCGACUGUUCAGUACAAGGAAACAGAUAUUUCUUUUCGAUUUCCCGGGAAUGUUUGGAGGAAGUACAGCAGACGACAACACAAACGGUUCCGAUACCGCCAUUCCAAACAAAAAAUUUGAAAAUCCAGUAAAUGACAUCACAAACAGUGAUUCGGAAAUAGUUGCUAUUGGUAACGAAUUGAGUUCAAAACAUCACAACACUCAGGUUGAAAUAGAGGAUAUCAGUUCUGUAAACAAUGGAGCAAUUCGAUACCACUAA